GUCCUGGUCCUGAGCCGACAUGAAGCCGCCUCCUCGUCAACGCUCGAAGCCGAACCGCGAGCUGAGCCAGUCUCAGGUCCGAGUGCGGCGUUCGACUGGUCGCCUGACCGAGUGGAAACGAAAAGAACGAUACCAGCUACUGUCCGCCCUCAAAAAACUCGAGAGGACCGCCGGAGGCGAGAGCGAGAUCGACUAUGUUUUCCUGAGGAAGAGGCGUCCCGACCAGAACCUCGUUCGAGUGGAAGCUCUGAAGAACAAAGUGAACAUCUGUGAAGUUCAAACUGCACAUGCAGGAGAAGAGGGACAAAAAGUCCCUCGAGCUCUGGACGGAUUGGCUUGUGCGGUGGCUGGAAAACUGAUAGAACCCAUUUCUGCUGCUUUCUCUCAGAUGCUGAUCGUGUCCUCAACAGCCUGUACUUUGAAGAACUCUGUCCCUUCACAGGCUCACAGUCCAUCACCGCGCAGAGGCAGACCUAUUAGUCGCACUGGGCCUAUAGGAUCCGUGGCUUGUUUGCAUGUCCACGGUGACUCUCCUGGCAGCAAAACCACCAGUGCAGCUGUCCCUGUGUCGAGGCUCAGAGCUCCUGCCUCAAGUGUGGGACCAGCAGUACCAGCACCUUCCCAAGUGACGAGAGAGACCAGCAAACCCGUACCUCUGUGUCAGCACGAGCGCUGUACCACAGCUGCGACGCCACACACGGCCUGUGUCACGUCAAAUUCUGCUGCCAGUUUUUGUCGCUCAAGCGCAGCAAGUGGAUCAGUAUUGCCAGUUCCACAGACUGUGACCCAGGUCUCUUCAGACUCUUCUGUAGACUCUACAGGACAAGUUCCUCCACUUGGACUUUCUGUUUCUGGUGUGGCAGCUGUCAGGGAGACCGCACAGUCCUCAGAGCCUCUAAUCCUGCAUGCACCCAGUGAAACAUCUUCCUCAUCAGAUCCACCUUUGGUUCAUUCCCCUGGUUCCCAGCCACAGGAACCUGCUGAGGUUAUUGCCUGUCUUCAGCCCAUCAGCACUGCUGCCCCAGUGAAUCCAGCUGGUGAUGCACCAUCAGAACAGCAUCACUCCACCGUGGCCUCCUCUGUUCCAGCUUCAAAACCCCCUUCAUCCACUCCUGACACCCCCACGUCCUCGUCUCUCACCAUUGCAGCUUCAUCUGCUGUGGCUACUGCCUCACUCGGGUCAUCCGAGUGCUCCCCGCUGCUCUCCACAGACAGUUGUCCCAGUUCAUUUGAUGUCAAGUACAACGUAGACUUUGAGAAGAUCUAUUGCUAUUUGAGUGCUGUCCACAAGCAGAGUGAUGGGUGUGUUCUAAACCCCAUGGAAAGUGCUAUCGUUCUGGACCUAAUAAUGUCUCUACCGGAGGAGCUGCCCCUGCUGGACUGCAAGAAACUGCACCAACAUCUGAAGCAGGUGUACAAGUGCUUGACAGCACCCGCACACCUCAACCAGACAAGAGAAAUGGUGAAAGUCUUCCAACCAAACGAGGACGAACACAACAAACGCUGCACAACUACACCACAAGAGGGAUUCAGUCGAACACAGGCACCAAGCAGCGAUUUCACCAAGUCGGACCCAAAACAGAACAAGAUCUCAACAGAUACAAGCAAUCAGCAAGACGCCGCCGGGGCCUCUCUGACAACACAGGACUGA